CCACCACUAACAGCAAAGUGGGUACGAAGGGGAAGCGAGCGGAGAGGGAUCCUACUGCACAUGGCGACAAAGCGGACUGAUCGUGCACUUGCCGCCUGACAUGCAAGAAGUGCAGGAUGCUCUCCUCCGACCUGGACUCAACGGAAGACACCGAGGCCAGCGCUCUCAAUGAUGCCGAGGAAGAGGAGCAGGAGACAGACUCCCCAGCUGAGAGUAAUGUGGAUGAGCAGCGUCCAAUCAAGCAGUCUUUGGGUGCCUGUGUAUGCCGUGAAACUCACUGGCGCUGCCUGCUGCUCUCCCUGCUCAUGUACAGCUGCCUGGGCGCAGUCAUCUGGUGCCAACUGAGCCGCGUCACCAAGAUCGGCUUUAACUCGGCCCUCACCUCCACUUUCACCGCCUCCUUCGCCACGUCUCUACAGAGGGGAUCCCAUCCCGGAGGCCACUCCAUGAUCUACCACGACAGCCCUUGCUCUGACGGAUACAUCUACAUCCCCUUAGCCUUCCUCCUCAUGCUCUACAUGUUGUACAUGGUGGAGUGCUGGCAUUGCCGGGCCCGCAGCGAGCUCCAGUGCAAAACGGAUGUGGACAGCGUGUAUGAACGCGUGGCGCGCAUGCGGCAGGCUCAGCCGUGUAUAUGGUGGAAGGCCAUCAACUACCACUUUGUGCGCAGGACGCGGCAAGUCACACGCUACCGCAACGGGGACGCCUACACCACCAUGCAGGUGUACAACGAGAGGGUCAACACACAUGUGGCUGAGGGCGAGUUCGAUUACGCCCGCUGUGGGAUGAAGGAUGUGUCGCGUGACCUCAGAGGGUUGGAUGAACAUCCGGCGACUCGCCUGCAGUUCACCAAAUGUUUCAGCUUCACAGAGGCCGGCCCGGAGAACGAUUACCUCAAUCAGCGGGCCAGGUUCUUUUCGGAAGUCGAAGGUUUGGAUGAUUACAUGGAGGCCAGGGAGGGGAUGCAGCUGAAGAAUGUGGACUUCAGGGAUAACCUGAUCGCCUACGUGCACCCGGAUAAAAUGCCCUGGUACACCUCCCAGGCGGCCUUCUGGCUGGCUGCUCUCUUCAUGCUCUCCUGGCCCCUGAGAGUGCUCAUCGAAUAUCGUACUGCAUAUGUGCACUACCGCAUUGAGAAACUGUUUGGGAUGGACUACACUUGCAGCAGUGAUUCCCCUCUGGAUGAAGAUCGGAAUGUUAAUUGUGUUCUUCCCAGAGUUGACACGCUGGACAGCACGGAGUUAGAGUGGCACAUCCGCUGCAAUCGCCAGGUGAUUCCCAGCUACUCCGAGGCCAUGCUGAUCAACAUGAGCACGGCUGACUGCAAUUCCCUGCACGACACCGAAUGCACCACAUCCUCCAACUGUUACCUCCUGGACAGCAGCUCAACCACUCAGAGCUACGGGGCCCUCCAAAGUCAGUCGGCGCGGGAAGGCGGGCGCGGGAGGACCAGGAGGAGAACCGUCACCAGCUCAAGCUGCUCUUCUCUCUUUUCCUGCCAGGGAGCACGCUUCCGAUCCCGCCUGUCCUCGGCCACUUCCCGCUUCUCCCUGUGUCGCAUGUACGGGUCGCGUCGCACGGUGGCUCUGUGGAGAAGCCGCAGCAGCAACAUGACGGACCCAUGCUGCAUGGACGAGCAGGAGGGCCGCUCGGAUUCCAGCCAGCUGGCACUCAGCGACAGUCCGCCCAAUUACAGCGAUGCCAGAUUCUUUCCUGUGCUAAUAGUACACGGACCUGAUGGUUGCGGGGGCGAGGAUGGCAGAGGGGGGCAGCAUUGCUACAUACGAAGAGGCUCAUCAUGUGUGGAGACAUCCCUGUAAAAAAGAGACAUGAUUUAUGUAAAUACAGUACAGAACUAAAGAAACAUUUUCUUUCAAUAAAUGGAUCAUUCCAAAAUUUGAGGUCGGUUUUAGCAAACACAAUUUUUAAACACGGACCAUUUGUUUUAGAAUAUGUUUUCAAGAAAAACGGGUGGUAAACCAUCAUGUAAUUUGAUUCAUCCAGCUCAGCAAUCCAAAGUAUUUCUAAAUAUGUCCUGAAUAAAUUCAUCACCAUUAAAUAAAGCAAAACAUUUUUUAAGUAC